AUGCCCCAGUCCCAACCCCCUGGCAGUCGGGACAUAGGCCGUCCUCGCACAGCGUGCGAGACCUGUGCACUGAAGCACGGAAAAUGUGACCCGUUCCCCAAGGAACUCUACGAAUUUGUUUGGAGAGCCAUCAAUUGCCUUCCUAUAAACUUGGAUCAAAUGUACCAUAUUGUGUCUGAAAUCGAGCAGCAUGUUGGAGACGAAAAGCGCCAAUUGGAAUCCCGGAGGGCUAUGAUAAAAUUUCAGCAGUACAUUGACCAGCAGCACCAUGGACAGCAGGACUAUGAACAGCAGGUGAAAUUCUCCGGAACAUAUUUCUAUUUUCUUCAGUUAUAG